GUGAUCUCGUCUCUGAGUUCAGUGUCGCGCUUCUCUGUUCUCACUGGAUUGUUAGAUUGCCGUGGAUUGUUUUCCUCGGGACAUUCACAACAAGGUUAAAUUAUCAAACACAUCUCAUGACACCAAUCCAAAGCGUUCGGGGUUUAUCAGGGGGGACCCGGAACAAUAAUUUCCCCACCCAUUUAACUCCUCAUGCGUUGUUUAUAUUUUGAAAAACUGAUGAAUAGAUUCAGCGUUUGUUUGAUGGUGCAUUGUUGUGGUCUGCGAUGUGUUCCUGGUUCGCAGCCUCUUCGGCUGAACUAUAGAUGCAUGAAUCGGUUUUGAAUCGUUUUUUUUUUACCGACCCGUUUAGUUUUUCGCAGCUGAUCGUUGAACCAACACAACAGCGUUAGCUGGCCAGGACAAAAUGAGCAGAAAACAGCAUCAUUUUAAAGGAGCAGAGGUCAGCUGCUGUGUUAAAUACUUCUUAUUCGGAUUCAACAUCAUAUUUUGGUUGCUGGGAGCUGCAUUCCUGGGUAUUGGACUUUGGGCCUGGGCAGAAAAGGGAGUGCUGUCAAACAUUUCCUCCAUCACAGAUCUGGGCGGCUUCGACCCGGUCUGGCUCUUCAUUGUCGUAGGAGGGGUGAUGUUCAUCCUUGGAUUUGCCGGAUGCAUCGGUGCGCUCCGGGAGAACACAUUCCUGCUCAAAUUUUUUUCAGUGUUUUUGGGCCUCAUCUUUUUCCUAGAGCUCACAGCUGGCAUUUUAGCCUUUGUGUUUAAAGACUGGAUCAAAGACCAGCUGAACUUCUUCAUCAACAACAAUGUUAAAGCUUAUCGGGAUGACAUUGACCUCCAGAACCUCAUUGACUUUGCUCAAGAAUAUUGGUCGUGUUGUGGUGCUCAUGGGCCGAAUGACUGGAACCUGAAUAUCUAUUUCAACUGUACCGACUCCAACCCCAGCCGGGAAAGGUGUGGCGUUCCCUUCUCCUGUUGCGUUAAAGACCCUGCUGAGGAUGUUCUGAACACACAGUGUGGCUAUGAUGUGCGGCUUCAAGGGGAGUUGGAUCAGCAGAAGUACAUUUAUACGAAAGGCUGCGUGGGGCAGUUUGAAAAGUGGCUUCAGGACAAUCUGAUCGUUGUUGCUGGGGUUUUUGUGGGGAUUGCAUUAUUACAGAUUUUUGGGAUAUGUCUGGCUCAGAACCUGGUGAGCGACAUCAGAGCGGUCAAAGCUAACUGGUGACACUUUGCAGAGGGCGACAGGUGACGGUGUCCUCUGAUUGUGGCAGAGAGCAAAUUGCAAAUCAGCACUGUUUACACACCAUUGAUCUGGGAAAUUCCGCCCUUUUCCCCCUACGGACCUGUCCAUCUAUGUCUUUUCUUUUUUUUUUUUUGUGGUUCCUUAUCUGAAAACAAGCUCUUAUAUGGAGACUAUCCAGAAGGAGCUUAACGUGAGAUGUCACAUUGAGAUCAAGCUAUCUGUGAUCUCGCAGCUGUCUCUUGAUUGAACGCUAUUUUCGUUUGCCCUUAUUAAAACGUUCACCAGACACUCCUCCUUGCUGGCGAAUAAUGUCAAGUGGAGGGUGUUUUCAUUAACCUGUGGAUGACUUUACUUUAGAGAAACACACAAAUCAACCACUGGGACUUUAAACAGAGGAGCCAUGAACUAAACAAAGCCUUACAGCGGUGCAUUUCACUAUACACUUGUGUGGGUUCAGCUUUUUACACAACAUUCUGUCUGUCAGUCAUUCGAGCGGAUGGACAGUUAGACUCUUACCUCUGAUUGGCUCUCUGUUGCACAGGGUAGCCAAUCAGAAUGACGUACUUGAUAAUUACACGUAAUGCAUUUAUUUUUGGGAGUUCAACCACUACUGUCGGGGGGUGGAGAAAUGUGCUGUUAUUUGUCUGUAUAGCUAUGUUUGAUUCAUUCUCUGUUUUUUUUUUAUUUUGGUUGGUCCCUGAGUAUAAAUCGAAUUAACUGCUUUCCCAGACUUGCUUCUGAAUCUUUGUUUUCGCUGCUUUGCUUGAUAGUGCUAUGCUAUAGUGACACUAAUAAUGUAUUAUUAUGAAUAUGAUGCUGCUUUAACUCAUAGAAAAUAUACAUCGCUGUACUAACCAACUGAACUUUUAAUAGAAAUCAUGAGGUAUACAUUCCCUCUGGGAAACACACUUCUGAUCACCCAGAAUGCUUUGCAAAUGAAUCUGACGUGAGUGCACAUGAAGCGGACAGAUUGAAUUAGCCGAGCGUAUGAACACAUGCCUUAUUGAGCCCUAUAGAGAUGGUAGCAGAAGCCAGUGACAGUUACACAGCAUAUGGACCGUUAGGAAGGCUUUUUUUUACUGUUCAGUCUCUCUUGCUCGUGCCAUAUGCAUGCAAUCAUCUAUUCAAAUAAUGCACGGCAAUGCAGACCUCUUUUAACACAUGCACACACGUGUGUGGAUGUGUGUCCAUCUCAUUAUGAAUACCAUACCAGUGUGUUUUCACCUAGCUGUGUUAAUCCCCUUGUGUUGAGAAGGAGUCAUGACCUUAACGUUGAUAAUGUGCAAAGUAAGAUAAAUGAUGUACUGCCGACUGCGUGUGUAGAACGUGCUCUGAUGGUUUUAGCAGCGGAGUGUCAUGUCAGCCAGACUGAUCUGCUUCACCUGUCUAAAAAGCUUUGCUCUUGUUUCAAAGGUCUAUAUAACCUGUGUUAUCAGAGCGCUUAGUAAAAUGUGAGGUUUCUCUUCUGUGGUCUUUUUGGGAGAUUUCACUAUAUUGUGUAUAUAAGAGGCAAAUCUUUUAUGCCGAUUCAAGAUUACAUGCUAAAGAUGAUAUUUAGCCCCCUUUUUGUGCACCGAAAUUGAUGAGAUUUAGGGAAAGCUAUCAAGAACGUGUCCAGGUUGCAUUUCAUUAUCCUACAUAAAAGACAUAAUGGAAAAAUAUAGUCUGCUCUGUGUUACUGUAAUACAGAAACAUGGUGUAUUAAAGUAACAAGAAAUGAAUGAAUCAAUAAUUAUAAUUUCAAUAAUUAAAUAAUUUCAAAAAUAACUCUAGAGGCGAUGAGAAUAUAGGAUGGAAAUGUGCUGAAAAUAUUUCCCCAAUGCAAAAAAAAAAAAAAAAAAUCAUUUUCUUUAUGCAAAAUAACAUAUAUUCUGGUGUUUAACUGUAACCAGGACAUGUUUUUGUGAGAUCACUAAAAUAUAGUUUCUUUUUUUUUUUUUUUUUAUCAUGCAAUGGCCUUUUCUCUUUUCUCCAUGUUUUUUUUUUUUUUUUACAAAGAACUCUAACAUUCCCUUUUGAGGGAGCCUCCUGCAUAUCAUGAAUGUAAAGAUCAUCUCUUACUAAUGUUAUGUCAUAUAUAACUUACCCUUCAAAAGUGCAAUGCACAAACAUGUGAAUAAAAUGAAUGUUUGUCUGACUGUAAAACAUGGCAAAUCUUUGUUCUUGUAGUGAAUAAGACAUUCCUUGUGCAUGCAUUGGCAAAAAAAAAAAAAAAAAUGUUAUGAUGUGCAUUUUGCAUUGCAGUGGUCUUUCUGUGCUGGUUCAUCAGAAACAGUUUUGAUGAUUGGUAUUAAAACCACUGAGCCUAUUUGCUGGCCUUUCUCUGUACCAGCUGUGAUAGUUUCUACAUUGCAGUCAUUAGAAAUGUUUGCAAAUCUUUAAGCACACUUUUAUCGGAUAACUCAGAGUUUCUGUCUACCAAUCAAGAACAGUUGUACAGAACAGUACUGCAUUGAUGGUAAACAUUUUGUGAUUGUGAAUGCAUAUCAGAAGAGUUUUUCAAUGAUUUAAAGAUGUCGAUCUUUUUCCAAACAUUUUGUUUUGUUUUGUUUACAUUCCCAUACUAAUUUUCAAAGUGUCUUCAUAGAAAUGUUUGGAUUCUACCUCAUCAUGGAGAAAUGACUCUAAAGGUGAUUAUUUGGGGAGUCAUAACUCUGAUACAACCAUUGUGAACAUUUUUUAGAAGAGUUGCAAAAAACCCAACUUUAAGUAUCUUCGACACAUACAUUUCAGUAGCACUAGCAGGUCUUCUCUCACAGUCUCAGCUUUUCUUUAGAUGCUUUUUAGGCAAAGGUUCAUUUAGUUUUUAACUCACGGAAUGCAAAAAAUAUAUAAUGUGGAUUUGUUGUUUAAUGGUGAGUGUCACUUAAACGUAUCCAGUCUCAUUAUGAGCAGCACUGUUUCAGGACUCUGCAGACAAAUGGUUCUCAGCUGUAAUCGGAUGUCAUUUGACUAGUUUAGUGAGUCUUUAUUAUCUGAUAAUUUCAUGUUAGCAUAACUCAAAAUACCCUCUUAAACUGGAUAAUGAUUAUUGCACUUGCAGGCCUAAAGCAUUUCCUGUGCUCUCCAUUAUAUUGAGUCAAUGAUUGUAAUAAAACUCAUAAUUAAUGUGGGAUUUAUACUUUAUGAAAAAAUCUAUAGAAAAUUAGGAUCAUAUUUGGAGCGGUUUUUGUUUUAUUUGAUGUUAUUUUUUUUGUAAAUCUCGUCCAAAGGUUGAUUUAUUGGUGGCAUACACAAAAUGACUUUUCUUGUGGGAGAUGGUCUGUUACACUGUAUACUAUUAUACAAGAUAUGCUUUUUCUUUUUCAUAAUAAAAUGGAUUUAUGUCAUUCU